UGCUACUCUGUUAAUGGCAGAGAAAGGGUCAAUUUGGCUCUUUAGCAUCAAUGUCCACCUUGAGAAAUUAUUCUGCUGUGGGCGACAUUGUAUUGAUCUAAUGCAUAUUUCAUUCUCCCUGGAGCUAGAGAGAGGAUGGAUAAAAUGGAUGGAACCAGUGUGCCACAUCAGGAAUCAUUCAGCAAUAUAUCUCUCACAAUUACUAUAGAACAGGGAGCAGUGUGUGUACAUGAAUAAAUAUUUCUGAUAUUCAACAGAUGAAACAGCUUUAAAUCACGUGUUCUGCCAAAAUACGCUACUUAGAGAUAAUAUUGUUAUAUUCAUCAUGGAUUUAUGUUUAUGCCCUAAAACAAAAUUCCUUAGCAUAUUUCUUUUAUAAUUGAUUUAGCUUUAGCAUGAAUAACCAAGACAGAUAACAACAGGUAUGUAUAUAAGCAAAGUUUUCACACUUUGAAAGAGCUAAACAUGUAGGUAUUAGUAUUUAUUAAGAAUUAAGAUAACUGGAUAAGAUCACUUACAUUUGCUUUUUUUCUCAUGGGGCUUAUUUGCAUGUCACUUUUGUAGCUCGGAAAAAAAUAAAAUAAAAAUGAAUUUAACAUACAGGGGGUUAUUUAGUAAAGUACAAUUUUUUUUCAUUGGCCUUUUAAAGGGGAAAAUAAACCCAUAGACCAACCCUGGAACAAGUGAAUCGGAAAGGGGCAUGACUGAGGGACGAGUAGGAUCGUAAUUGAGGUUGAAUGCUUUGCAUUAUGGGGAUUGUAGGAAAUGGCAUGCAUGGAUGAAAGGGUUGGGCUUAGGCUAUAAAUAGAGGUGAGAGAGGAGGGAAUACAGUCUUACAUCGGGGACUACAUGGGUAAUAGUGUUUCUACCCAGGAUGACACAGGCAGGAGACAUGCUCCAGGGCCUCAGGAUGGCGAUGACUGGCCAUGACAGAGAGCGGAUCCAGGAGCACUGCUGGGAUCGGUUCAGAACACGGGAGACAUCGUGGCAGCGGUGAGAAGGGGCGGACUGAGGCCCCCAGACCAGCGACCGGAAGCCAGAUGUGGCGGAGGAGAAGCCCUUCUGCUGAGCCAGGACCGUCCAGGAACGGAGCGGGUGGAGGAGUGGCCCAGGCAGGGACACCGGUACAGGAACUCGCAGGCAAGUGAUUCCGCAGGGAGCAGGUCGCAGUGCUUUAAGGGUGGCGGCAGACACAGGGGGUGGACCGGUUAGGAGGGGGAGGAGCAGACCUAGGGAUCGCACCAGGUCUAGGAGCCGGUCAGGGAGCAGAUUUAGCAGGGGUGACAGCAGGCAUCAGAGGGGGCACAGACGGGGGAGGGUGGAAUGUUCCCCUGUCCGUGCCUUUUCUUCUGGUUGCUUAUCUCCCCCUAGGAAACUGGGAUUGAGAGACGGCAAUGGUGACAGAACAAUGACAAGGGACUCAUGGUUGAGAAGUCAACAACACAAUCGGUCUAGGGACCAGGAGGAAACGGGGCUACAGCCAGCAGAAGGGCGAAGGCACAGCAGAAGGUUGCCUUACGCGGGUCAGACGUGGGAGCCGAAUUCGACAAUUGGCACCGACAGCAGAAGUGGAAGGCCACCAAAUCCCGGAGCAUCUGUGGCAGCUGGGGACGAUCGGAUUGGAGGGUUUGUGAGGUCGUUGGUGGCAGAGUCCACAUGGGCAUCAUAUGGUAAGGUCUGGAAAGAGUGGGAGCAGCUGGGCAAUUGGGUGGGGGGUACACAUUCUCCUCAGGACAGGCAGGAGCCUAUGUUUUGGUGGGUAUAUUGGAUGGCAGAGCAGGGAAGGACGGUUGUGCAGAUCGAGAAGGGUAUGGGAGCUCUUGUUUUUUUGUUCAAGUUACGUGGUUGGGAAGAUUUGAACAAGGGUUUUGUCGUCAGGCAGGUGAUAAAAGGGUUUAAGAGGAGUCGCGUUCGACAGGACUCUAGGAGUCUUUUGUUGGAUGACACGUUGUAUGGUUUGGUUUUUCAAGCGGCCCCCGGGGGAAUUCAGAGGAAUGAUGUUGAGCUGAGCGAGGAGAGGGUGGACAAAUGGCUGAGUAGGUCCAAGACCGACAAGGGUCGCAGAGUGGUGUUAUAUGCCAUAAGAAUUGGGGCAAUUAGCCCAUACGUCAAUGUACAACAAUUCUUAAUGAUUCAGCCUAACAUUGAGGGCCCCUUGUUUAUACAUGAGGAUGGCACAUCGUUCACCAGGUUCCAAGCAGCCUGAGCGAUGUGGUGGUGAAAAGGAUUGGCCGAAGGGAAUCAAGGAGAUUUCAGAGUUACAUACGUCCUGCACGGUUACAAUGAGGGACAAUUGGUUACAAGGAAAGGCUGGGUUAUAUGGAAAGGGAAUGGUGUUAUUUCACAGAUGGCUGUGAUAAUUUAUGGUAGGUAGAGGUGACGAAUAUGGAUCGUCGGACACUCCUUUGUGAGUUGGGCAGAAAGGAGAGCCGCAGUUCGGAGGAGAGGUGUCCAGCUGGGUUUUCCGGAACGUCAGGUUACAGUUAAAUUGUUUGGUUUUCCGGGUCUACAGUGGCCUGGUUUGUUUGACAGACUGAUGGAAGAGGCAGCAAGACAGGAGCACCCCCGUGUUCUGGUGUUGCGUGCAGGUGGUAACAACAUGGGAGUAAUGAGCCAGAAUGAUCUGGGUAGAUUAAUGAAGUUGGAUAUCGACAAAAUUCGUUAAUUUUUCUCUAGAGAGGUGAUAGUGUGGUCAGAAAUGGUACCCUGACUUGUACGGCGGUGGGCCCCGGAUCCUAAUGCAAUGGAAAGGAGCAGGAUAAAAUUUAACAAAUUGCUCAGUGUCUUCGUUAGAAGGUCCGAUGGGGUUGUGGUCAGGCAUAAGGAGCAGGAGAAGCCUUUUCAGGGAUAUUACAGGCGGGAUGGGGUUCAUAUGAGGUCGGCCUGGAUAUAUUUAACCUUGAUCUGGUAAUUGGGGUGGAUAGAGCCUUUCAUUUGAGGAGUGGGGUGGCACAGCCUGCGUAAAGGGGAUUACGCUGACAGCGCAGUGGCGUAGUGGGGCUCCCCUACUGGGUAGCCAAAAGGGCGUUGUAGUGCUAAGGUAAGAUUGACCUGGGACUAGACUUAGGCAUAGCAGGCAUGGAAGGAAGUGAUGGAAGCUAAGCGUUAAACCUAGUGCUUACUCAUUUGUGUGAUAAUAAUAAUGAUGGUUUGUUUUGGAGGAUAUUUUACCUAAGCUUGAUUAAGGUUAUGUAAUAAAACAAGCUGCAGCCUUUUCAUCCAAAGUUAUUGUUUUGAGUAUUCUUGGGAGUAGGAAUGUGUUGGGGCCGGCAUCAAGUCAUACGUAAGUCAUGAGUUUUAUCCAGAACAUGAAAUUUUCGGGAAAAUGUACUGAUAAAUAAGGGGGGAAAAACAGUCCGGAUAUGGUUGGAGUUGUUUUCAGAAAAUUCUGCGAAUUUUUCGGAUUUUGAUAAAUAAACCCCCAUAAUCUUUAUUUUUGUUUUGCUCCUUGGUUUACUGUGUGGUGAUUAUUUUCUUCCUUAAUGAUAAAAAACAAAAGACUAAAGUCCCGGACACACAAAUGCGGUUUAUUUGCUCGUUUUCAGUGUGCAUCAGUGCGCAUCGGUUUUAAAAUAGCUGACCGCAGUGAAAAUAUACUUAGCAUUUUUAAGCAUUUUCAACAAAUUCCUGUAACGGCAAAAAAAAUAUUGUGAAAUGGUGAGAAAUUUGCGGUUUUUCGGCUCAUUUUCAGUGUGGUCCGUGCAGCAGUUUUAAAAAAGCUGACUGCAGUGAAAAUAUACUUAGCAUUUUCAAGCUUAGACUAUGGCGCAUUAGGCUACUAUUUUUAUGUGGCAGUCAGCUUUCUUAAAAACUAGUAUCUCCAGUAUCUACAGACCUUAGUGUGUGUGUGAGUAUAGUAAAAUACCUGACGCCAGUGCCGGAUCUAGGGAUAGGCAGAGUAGGCACAUGCCUUCUCUGGCUGCUACCCCUAUUCCAGUCCCCUCUAUGUCCGCUUGCGCACGUGCAUCUAUUCGAACAUUCGCACGAGCAUCUAAUCAUGCAUUCACGAUUGCCCAGUUGACGCCUCGGCCCUGCUCUGCCUGUAGUGGCAACAGAAAUUAGAAUGGAAGCAGUUCAGUAGGGACAGAUUAAAUACUUCCAUAGGACAUAAAUUUUUUCUCCGCAGUUUCAUGAAAACAUUUGUGGGUAAUUCACAGCAAAUCCAUGCCCAUCACUAAAAUUAAAGCAUAAAUGAAAAAAGCAAUAGUAACUUUCAGUAAAGGUAUGAAUGUAGUUAUCUUCGAGCACAAUGGCAGCGACACAGGGAUUCCCAAACAAAAGCCCAAUUUAUGACUUAGGGGAGGGUAUUGUAAGUAAUGUAUCAGUGUUUGCAGAUGACACAAAACUAUCCAGCCCAAUUAAUUCCAUCCAGGAUGAGGCAUCCUUGCAACAGGAUCUUGACAAGCUGGCAAUCUGGGCAGUUAAAUAACAUUUGAUCUAUGUUGAUAAAUGUAAAGUAAUGCACCUGGGAUGCAAAAAUAUCCAAGACACUUAUACCCUUAAUGGGUGAACUAGGCAAAUCCAUUAUGAAAAAGGACCUUGGAGUCCUUGUAGAUG